AUGGGGAGCAUAUCAAAUCAUGGGCCUGACGAGGCCAUCGCCAUCGUUGGCAUUGCUUGCAAGCUUCCACAAGAAGCCUCAACCGUCGAAGGCUUUUGGCAAUUCCUCCUGCAAGGACGAAGCGCACAUACACCAUGGCCAGAAGAUCGCUUCGGAGCUGGCCACUAUCAUCCCGACAAUGAGCGAGUCGGAACACACUCAGUCAAAGGGGCGCAUUUCUUGGCCGAACCGCCCGAAUAUUUCGAUGCACCCUUUUUCGGCAUCACCAAAGAGAAUGCAGGAAUCCCACUCUCCGAAGCCACUGGAUCCAACACGUCCGUCUAUGUGUCGGGCUUCAAUCACGACUAUCUCUCCAUCAUAAAUGCGGAUCCGGAGAGCCCUUUGCGAUAUCGUGCAACGGGAUUGACCAACUCCGUCCUCAGUAACCGAGUCUCUUGGUUUUUCGAUUUCAAAGGUCCAAGCAUGACCAUCGAUACUGCCUGUAGCAGCUCCGUAGUGACACUUCAUCAGGCGUGCCAGAGUCUACUUAGUGGCGAGACCGACAUGGCCGUAUCCAGCGGAGUCACAGUCUUGGCUUACCCCAACGAUGUGGCCUCCAUGUCUUAUCAAGGAUUCCUAUCGCAAGACGGGCGGUGCUUUAGCUUUGAUCACCGUGCCAAUGGCUACGCUCGUGGCGAGGGAGUCGGGACGAUCAUUGUAAAGCGUUUGAGUGAUGCCAUUCGAGAUGGCAACUCUAUAAGAGCCGUCAUUCGGGGCACUGGUGUGAACUCGGACGGCCGAACUCCUGGAUUGACCAACCCGGAUAGUCUGGCGCAGGAAAGGCUGAUCAGGACGGUCUACGCAAGGGCAGGCUUGAGUGUCGACGAUACGGCCAUGGUCGAGGCUCACGGGACAGGCACCGCGGCGGGUGACCCGAUCGAAGCCAAUGGAAUUGCGAGAGCCUUCUCAGCUCGGCCAAGGAAUCUCCCUCCGCUGUACAUUGGGGCUUGUAAGUCCGGCCUUGGCCAUUUGGAGGGCGCGGCAGGUGCUGCAGCCAUCAUCAAGUCUGUUCUUGUCCUUGAGAAUGGAAUCAUCCCCCCAAACGUCAAUUUCGAGAAAGUCAAUCCCAAGAUCCCGGCAUCAAAAUGGCGGCUUCAAUUCCCUCUUGAACCAACGCCUUGGCCCACGACCGGCUUGCGCAGGAUCUCUGUCAACUCCUUUGGAGUCGGCGGUACAAACGGCCAUGUUGUUCUCGAUGACGCUUUUCACUAUCUCCAGGAGCGUGGGUUGACCGCGAAUCAUUAUACACGACCUUUGCCUCCGACCAAGGCAGAUCUUGAUCUCGUAAACGGCGAUGGAUUGAACAUCACCAAUGGACAUCCUACCAAUGGCUUGGAAAAUCGACGCACAAUCGAGCUUGCCGGAGACUGGAAGGCUUUCGAUUCAAUCGAGUAUCCACCAAAGCUCAUUCCCUUUUCUGCUUUCGAUGAAGAAGGCAGCAGUCGCGCAGCAAAAACACAGGCAGAAUUCCUCCAUGCCAGGCCUGAGUUGAUAUCCAACUCCGAAAGUUUGACCUAUCUAAACAAUCUUGCCCAUACAAUGAGUCGGCGCUCGAAGCUGGCCUGGCGGAGUUACGCAUUAGCAAGGUCGCUGGUCGAUCUCGAGACACGUCUGGCUUCGCCCUUGCCCAAACCGCUGCGAGCUCGCACCAAUGUCAACGUAGCCUUUGUGUUCACAGGUCAGGGAGCACAGUGGUAUGGCAUGGGACGUGAGCUACUCUGCUACCCAGUGUUCCGUGAGAGUCUGGCUGCGUGCAGAGCUUAUUUGCAGACCGAAUGUGGCUGCCCCUGGGAUCUCCUCGACGAGCUCGCCAAAGACAAAGAACAUAGUCGUCUUGAUCAAGCAGCCUUGGCUCAGCCGGCGUGCACUGCCCUUCAAGUUGCGCUUGUGGAUUUGCUGCAAUCGUGGAAUAUCAAGCCCAGCCGUGUCGUGGGCCAUUCCUCCGGCGAGAUUGCUGCUGCUUACUGCGCUGGCCUUCUGACUCGCGAAUCGGCCUGGCGAGCUUCUUAUUUCCGUGGACUAGUCACCGGGAGGCAGACGGCCGAGACCAAAGGCGCUAUGCUUGCUGUCGGUCCUCGCAGCAGCACCGUCUCGGGUGAUGUGCAGAAAGUCGAAGCUUUGCAACAAGUCUUGGAGGCUGACGGGCUCUUCGCGAGGAGGCUCAAGGUCCCAAAUGCCUAUCACUCUGCGCAUAUGAAGGAAUUCGCAGAUGAAUACGUCCGUCUGGUGGGUACGCUCCACGCACCGAGCGAGCCACCUCAGCCACCUGUGGUCAUGUUCUCGAGCGUCACGGGGGAAGCAGUUGAAGGCGGUUGUCUCUCCAUUGACUAUUGGACCAAGAAUCUCCUAAAUCCAGUGCGUUUCUCCGAUGCCCUGGCAGGCCUCUGCUUUAGCCGCACAACCCAAACACAGGCCACCCUCCGUGCAGAUGCUGCUGGAGCCAACGUCUUUGCGGAUGUUUUGAUUGAGCUUGGCCCUCAUGGAGCAUUGCAAGGCGCCAUAAGAGAUGUGCUCGCAGCUCAUGCCGAGGGCGUUGCGGUAGCAUUCCUCCCGGCAUUGAAACGCGAUGCCCCUGGGGCAGACAUAAUCCUGAACGCCAUAGGCUACCUUUAUGCCCGCGGGUAUCCGAUCAACGUUGAUGACGUGAAUAGCAGCGCUGAUACGACUGGUGGAAAAGGGUCUCGCCCAUUGCGUAUACUUCCUGAACUUCCUGGAUACCAGUUCAACCAUUCCAACAAGUUUUGGUGGGAGAGUCGCUUAAGUAAGAACUAUCGCCUCCGCAAAGAGAUCAGACAUGACCUGUUCGGUGCUCCAGUACCCGACUGGGACGUGAACGCUCCUCGAUUCCGCAAUUUUCUGCGAAUCUCCGAGCAGCCAUGGCUACGAGAUCACAUCGUUACUGAUAACAUCAUCUUGCCUGGCGUAGGCUACGUGAUUGCGGUAAUCGAAGCAGCCAGACAGCUGGCUGAUCCAAAUGCACAAUUGAGCGGCUUCCGGCUUCGAGAUAUCAACAUGAAACGUGCAUUGAUCGUGCCCGACACGAAAGAAGGAAUCGAAGUAAUGUUGAAUUUCAAGCCAGUUGAUGAGUCCAGUGUCGGAACUUCGGCUCAUUGGCGUCGGUUUUCAGUAGUGUCCUAUAACCCAACCGCGAGCGACUGGAUCGAACACUGCACUGGAUACGUUGCCGUGGAUUAUGAGACAUCUACCCCCAACCCAGUCGACGAGGGACGGGAAGCCCGUCUUGACACAGAACGCUGGCGCGCCGCUUUCACUGCUGCAGAAGAGCAGUGUCAAUCUCCCUGGGACUUUACCAAGGCCUAUGAGCGGAUGGCAAGAAUCGGGCUGAACUUUGGACCGCUGUUCCAGAACUGCUCGGCUGUCAAGGGUACCUUUGACCAUGGUGGCCAGACCAUGGGCACAGUCACCGUUCCUGACGUUGCAAGUGUUAUGCCCAAGGGCAAGGUAUCUCCGCACAUGAUGCAUCCAGCUUGCAUGGACAGCUUGAUGCACUUUGCGCUGGCCGCGAUCAUGGACGCCACAGGGAAGAGCAAACUCGAAGUGGCCAUGGUGCCGCGGUUCAUCAAAGACAUUUGGAUUUCUGCGGCACUGAACUCGGAGCCUGGUCAUGUCUAUCGUGCUCACAGCCAGACACGUAAGAUUGCGUUUGAGAAGUUCUCGACAGAUGUUGUCGUCUGGGAUGGUCCCACUCAAGAACCCCGUAUCUCCUGGAGUGGAAUUGAGGCAAGCCCCCUGGAUUCCGCCGCACAGAGUUCGCUCGGCGCAGAAAAGUUGUGUCACGAGAUUGAAUGGGUUCCUCACGUGGACAUGUAUCUCGAAGGAGGCGACGUCGCUUCGUUCGCUGAGAUGCCCAAGCGUGAUUUGGACUCGGAGCAAGCUGGAAUCGAGAUCGAAUCUCGCAUGCAGCUGGCCUCGGUACUUCUUGUCCUGGACGCACUGGAGAAACUAGAUGGCAAGAUGCCGGCCGCUACUCAAGGUCAUCUCUGUCGGUAUUUCGAGUGGAUGAAGCACGUCGAGAGCGAUCUACAGCUCGGCAAGGUGACCGGUAUCCAAGCCUCUGAGGUUGAGCGACUCAAACAUGACCACGCUGCGAAGGUGGAGCUAUACAAACAGGUUGCUUCGGACACUUCGUUCGGCGAGACAGACCCACUGCACCUCAUGUUCGGUAAGGAUGACAUACUCGAUCGAGUCUACAGACGAACAGCGACCUUGAACGACCUGCCAGCGCAACAGAAGGCCUAUUUGAACAUAUUCGCCAAGAAUAAGGCCAAUUUACGCGUGCUCGAGGUGGGUGCCGAUGAUGGGGCGUCCAUUGCUAGCAGCGUGUCACAUUACAUGUACACUGAUGUUUCAGCCGCCUUUUUCGAACAAGCGAGGCAGAAAUUCCAGCCAUACACGAACAUCAUGGAGUACCGAGUUCUGGACGCAGAACAAGACAUCGCCAAGCAAGAGAGCUUCGAAGUCGGGAGCUAUGAUUUGGUUGUAGCUCAGAAUGUCAUCCAUACCACCACCGACCUCACCAAAACACUGAGUAAUAUUCGCCAGUUGCUGAAGCCCGGGGGCCGCCUGCUUCUACAAGAAGGUAGAAGGCAGGAUUACUACUGGUCCGGGCUAUCAUUUGGCCAGCUGCCAGGGUGGUGGAAUGGCACUGAAUCCAUGCGUCAAUGGAUGCCAUGGGUCUCAUCCAAGCAGUGGAAUGAGGUCCUCGAGGCGGCUGGUUUUACGGGAGCGCGCUUCGAACUUCCCGAUAGCCACAAUGAAGAGCUCCAUAGCCAGAGUCUUUUUGUGGCCCAGAACCCUUCUGCAGACGCCAAAGAGCCCGGUACCAUAUGGAAGAACGUUGUGCUCGUCACACUCCCUAGCUCCGAGCAAAGCAAGACUCAAAGCUUGUUGCAAGACAUCAAAGACAAGUUGAACGAGAAUCUCCGGUUCCAGAACAUCAGCACUGUAUCCCUGCUAGAGUUGGAAGGGGUUGAGUAUAGCCAAAAUCUGCCCCAGGCCGAGUACGAGGGUGUCCGCAAAAUGCUGAUUGAGGCUAAAAGCAUCUUAUGGGAACGUGACUUGGACGAUUCCAACCUGGUCACGCUGAAAAUCUCUGAGCCUCGACCUGAAAAUACCUCGCUGAGUGCGUCGAUUCGAAGGCUGUAUGGCCGGAUCUGGACGAGUCGGCUCCGCGAGGCCAUUCGUGCAGAUGAAUACUUGCAAACGACUCUGUACCGCUCAGAAGCAGUCCCAACGCUGGCCAAGGAUGCUGGCAGGCCCAUCAAGCUCACGACAACUGUUCCCGAGGUAGAAAUCGAGAUAAAAGCUGUUGGCCUCAACUUCCGCGAUCUCAUGAUUGCCAUGGGAGAGCAUACGGCGUACUCGAUGGGCAGUGAAGCAGCUGGCAUCAUCUCUCGCGUGGGCCCCAAAGUAGUCGACUUCGCUCCUGGCGACAGGGUUGUCUACAUCUGUGGCCUGGACCAUGUCGGGUGCAUGCACACGUAUGGUCGUUUGGAUCAAUCGACAGUCGCCAAAGUCCCCGAUGGACUCAGUCUCGAGAUGGCUGCUGGCUUGCCUGUUGUCUAUGCCACAGUCAUUUACAGCCUACGGGAGACGGGUCGCUUGAUGGCCGGCGAAACCAUCCUUAUCCAUGCUGCUGCCGGUGGUGUGGGACAGGCUGCGAUUCGUUACGCUCAACAUAUUGGCGCCGAGGUGUAUGUAACCCUAUCGACUGCCGUGAAGCGAGACAAUCAGUUGAUAAUGAAGGAGUUCGGGAUUCCAGAGGAUCACAUCUUUUCAAGUCGCGACCUCACAUUUGUCCAGGGUAUAUUGCGUAUGACAAAAGGCAGAGGCGUUGACGUAGUCUUGAAUUCGCUCUCUGGUGAGGCGCUGCGCCGCUCAUGGGAUCUGGUGGCACCCUUCGGUCGUUUCAUUGAGAUUGGUAAGAAAGACGCCAUGAUGAAUGGCAAAGUAGAUCUUCGGCCCUACUUGCGCAACGUGACCAUGGCGAGCGUUGACCUCGUUUCCAUGAUGAAGAACAAACCGUUCCUCAUCAAGAUGCUGACAGAGGAAACGAUGCGGCUGUGGAAAGAGGGCGUUGCACUGCCUGCAGCACCAACUACGAUUAUGCCCAUGUCGCAGGUGGUGGAUGCACUUCGCAUUCUCCAGGGCGGCACGGGCAUGGGCAAGAUUGUUCUGGUGCCUCGGGAGGAUGACGUUCUGCCAGUCCUUCCACCGUCACCGGCGCCGCUUAGCUUCCGUCCAGAUGCAUCCUACGUGCUCAGCGGCGGCCUUGGAGGUAUUGGACGUAGCGUUGCUGCAUGGAUGGCUUCACGAGGCGCUCGAAACUUGAUCUUCCUUUCCAGCAGCGGCCGCAUCACUCCAGCCGUCACAACGAUGCGCGAGGCUCUCGAAGCAGACGGAUGUAGUGUGCAUAUCUUCACAUGUGAUGUCGGCGACAAGGAACAGCUGCGUCUCGUUCUCGAACAGUGCAAGACCCUCCCACCUAUAAGAGGCGUCGUCCAAGGAGCAAUGAAGCUAAAGGACGUCAUGCUCGAGAACAUGACGUACGAGGAAUUCCAGCUGGCUAUCAGACCCAAGAUUCAAGGUUCGUGGAACCUACACGAACUUCUGCCCCGGGAUAUGGAUCAUUUCAUCAUGCUGUCUUCAGCCACUGGCGUCCUCGGCAACCGGGCUCAGGCCAACUACGCCGCAGGAAAUACCUUCCAGGAUGCGCUGGCGCACUUCCGUCGGCAGCAAGGUCAAGCGGCCACGACGAUCGACGUUGGCGCAGUGCUAGACGUCGGAUACGUGGCCGAUCACGCGGACCGCCUCGCCAUGACAAAAUACCUAGGCAGUAUGAUGAAAGUGCUGCGCGAAGAAGAGUUGCUUACGCUCAUUGAGUACGGCAUGAACGCUUCUCUGCAGUCGCCUGCACAGCUCGUUACGGGCAUGACUCCGUUGGACAAGCAUCGUGCUCGAGGCGUGCCGAUGCUCAGUUACAUGAACUUCCCUCUCUUCACGCAGCUGCGGCGGCUCAAUACGCAGCAAGACGGCGCAGGGGCCGCCGGGGGCGAUGGACCUGACGUUGAAGCGCGGCUUCGAGCGGCUCGGACUCUUGAUGAGGCGGCUCAGAUUGUGGUGGAAGCGGUCGUUGAUAAGCUGUCUUCCUUGCUCUCAAUUGCAAUCGAGGAUGUGGAUCCGACGCGGACUAUCAGUGCCAAUGGCGUUGACUCGCUUGUUGCGCUGGAACUGAGGACGUUUAUGGCGAGAAAGGUCAAGGCGGAUGUGCCUGUGUUGGAAAUCAUGGGCUCGUUGAGUCUUGCUCAGCUGUGUAGGAAGAUAGCAUCGACGAGCAAAGCGGUUGAGUUGCCGACGGCAUGA